AUGUCCAAACCAUUUCAGCCAAUAAGUGACAUAAUCAAUACCACGAGUCCUCUGAAGCCUCAAUCAUUUAAUGAAUUGUAUGGUGAACCAGAGAAUUUUCUUGAGAUAGAGGUUCGUAAUCCCCAAACUCACAAUUAUGGGAGAGAGGUUUUUACAGAUUAUGAAGUUGUUUGCCGGACAAAUAUACCAUCAUUCAAGAAACGUCAAAGUCGGGUACGUAGACGAUAUUCCGAUUUUGUCAAAUUGAAACAAAUAUUAGAAACCGAAACUUCCCGAGUCAUAAUACCUUCUUUACCUGGAAAAAUUUUAUUAAAUUCCAACAAGUUCAACGAUUUAAAUAUUGAAAAAAGAAGACAAGGUUUAGAGAAAUUUUUAAGUGUUGUAAGCGGGCAUCCUUUAUUACAAACCGGCUCAACCACAUUGAUUGAUUUUGUCCAAGACGAAAAAUGGGAUCCACGACCAUUAAGUUAUUAUUAA